UCCUACUGGUCAAUCUGCGUGUUUUUACCUUUCUUAUUCUACCAAAUCAAGCAAACUAUUCUAGACCCGGUCUAGUAUAGUUUGACCGGUCACGUAAUUUACACCAUCAUUUUUGGCGCCGACCGUGGGACCGUUAAGGUUUCUUCUCUUCUAAACACAAGCCUACCCAUGAAAACACCACUCAAAAUGUCUUCCAGCCAACAAAUCAACGCUACCUCUGCUUAGGUGCAAGCCACCACUGAAGGUACCAGCAUCCCCAUGGUUGCUACCCUGCCAGCCGUUUCAACUCCGGUUUUGCCGUUGGGACUAAGCUCGGUCCCAACACCCAGCAUGGUCAGCCCAUUCACGACCCCAGUCCCUUCCGCUGGACCGAGGGUCACGUUCCCGCCAAGCAUGACCCAGUUCAUGAAUGACCCAGCCAACUUACAAGCCAUCCAGGGCUUUGGCCAGGUCAAGGCCGUGUGUCAACAGAAUGGGGGGAUGCCUUUCCUCCCUGGCAUGUUUCCAUUCGCCCUUCCAGGCACCGGAACGAUGCCCCUUCAAGCUCCGAUGGCAGUGACUUCGUUCCAGACGCCGAUACCGCAGCCAUCACCUUUCCAGCUGCAGCUGGUCAGCACCAUAGCCCCUGUCAACUUGGCUGGUGCACUCAACGCUGCAGGGCCGUCGCGUCCCCUGCAAGGUACGAAUCCACAGAUCACCCCUGAUGGUCAUUGCGUCUCAGUUGAGAGCGAAGACGGCGAGUGGGACAUCCCAAGAGCCCACAAGAAGAAGGGAAAAACUAUCCGGCCAGCCACUUCCCGAAACUCCGCCUUCGAAAGGCUGGGGGACAGGGAAGAGGGCCAAAGAAAGUCAGCCAAGCUAAGGCUGGGGCAAAGCGUCGCCCAUGUCAGCGCGUUCGCCCGGCUAGGCGAGGUGAGGGAGGCCGAGCCUGCCCGUACUCAACGCUCCCGGUCAAACCGGCGGGAACCAGCAAGGACGAGGGCCUCUUGUCAAGAAGAGGAAGCAGAGAGCCAACCCAGGUUACCGGUGGCUAACCGGUUAACCAUUCCCAAUGAUCGCGUCCAGCAGAUGGAGGCAAAACUGGAGAGGCUGGAGAAGAAGGUUGGAGAGAAGAAUGACCGGGAUAAACCCCUCGCAGGGUCCCCAUUCACUACAAGGGUCCUUCUGACACCUUUCCCGCGAAAGGUCAAGAUCGACGCCCCGAGGUUCACCGGGAAGGAGGAUCCGGAGAUUCAUCUGGACUCGUUCAACCAAAGUGCAACCAUGAACGGUUGCACAGACGAAGAAAAGUGUUUGCUUUUCUUCCAAACCUUGUGGAAUCGGGCCACUGAGUGGUUCAACAAGCUUCGCCCGGGGAGCAUUGAUUCGUUCAGUGAUUUGGCCUCAAAAUUCAAGGCCAAGUUCCAGGAGAACUGUACUAAGAGGAAGAAGUUCACCUAUCUUAGUACAGCCGGGCAGAGGGAAUCUGAGAACCUCACUCAAUUCCUUACCCGGUGGAAGGAAGAGGUAGACAAGGUGGAAGAGAUGGAUGACAAAACCGUCUUGUCCCUUCUCUUGAAUGGCCUACGUGCCAGGGAACUGUACAAGGAGUUUUGCCGGAAACCCCCGGCCACGUACCAAGAGGCCUACCACACUGCAUGGGAGUUUGCUGAGGCUGAAACUCAACUCCGGGCAAAGAAAGAAGCUGAGCAUGGCUUCAAACCCAAGCCGGUGCAGGUGAAGAAGGAAGAAGCACCGGAACUUAGCCAGCCAAGGCACCAUUAUGACCCGGUCAUCCGCAUGGUCAACACAGAAGAAUGCCAGGAGGUAAGGAAAACACCGGCUUCCUUCCCGGUCAAUCCUCCAGAAAAUCCUACCGGUCAAGUAGGACGGCAGUGGUCAGGCACCUAUUGUUCGUACCACAGGUCAGAUUCCCAUAACACUUCCGAAUGCAAGAGUGUUAAGGGAGUAAUCCGGCAAAUGAUAGACAGCGGAGAGCUGGGCAAAGAUUAUUUGCAAAAAGCCCAGGAGAAGAACCACCAGUGGGUCAGGCCAGCGACUCAAAGGAAUGACCGGGACAAUGACCGGCGGAGGAACAACUGGCAGAGGGAGCAGCAGCCGGCCAUUAAAAAAGAACACAUCGGCAUGAUCUUCGGCGGACCUGAGGGCGGAGAUUCAGCCGCGCAGCGGAAGAACUGGGUCCGGAGCAUUUACGUUGGUGAGGUAAGUGCUGAACCGGCCAGGCGUAAGCAUACUAGGAGGGAGCCGAUCGUCUUUACUGACCGAGAUCUCCCUCCUACCGGUGAAGAUCACAAUGAUCCACUAGUCAUCACCAUGGACAUUAAUGGGGUGGAUGUCGCCCGGGUACUUGUUGGCACCGGCAGCAGUGUCAACAUCUUAUACCUGGAAACUUUCCAGAAACUCAGGUUGUGUCGGACACAUCUUGAACCCCUCAAAACCCCUCUCUCAGGCUUCACGGGAGACACCGUUGAAGCUGAAGGAUCCAUAGUUCUACCGGUCGAACUAGGAUCAGGGGAGAAGACCGUGUGGAAGAAGAUGUGGUUCAUUGUUGUGGACAUUAAAUGCGUCCACAACGCGAUCCUUGGAAGACCAGGCAUCAAUAAGGUCGGGGCGGUGAUUUCCAUGCCUCACCUGUGCAUGAAGUUCCACACUCCAGGUGGUGUGGGUGAGGUGAAAGGCGACCAGAGAAACGCCCGGGAGUGCUAUGCACGGGCAGUCAAGAAGAUGACUAAGGGGGUCAACGUCAUCUCCCAAGAGAUCACAAAGGGAGAGACCCGGGAGAAAUUGGAGCCCGAGGCCGAGACGGUGGAAAUCGAACUUCACCCGGGUGAUUCAUCGAGAAUGGUCAGAAUUGGAGCAAACCUCCCAGAAGAUCUCAAGGCGGAGAUUACACGGGUCCUCCAAGAAUACGCGGGCAUAUUUGCAUGGAGCGUGGCAGAUAUGCCUGGGAUUGACCGCUCAAUCAUCUGUCACCGGCUGGCGGUAAGGGAUGGAAGUCGACCGGUACGCCAAAAAAAGCGGUACCUGGCCAAUGACCGGCGAGACUUCGUCAAGAAGGAAGUGAAGGACCUCCUCAAUGUUGACCUACCGGUCGACAAGCCCACCGAGCAAUGGUGGGAGAUGGCAGUAGAUGGGGCGUCCGGUCCUAAAGGGUACGGGGGUGGCAUAGUGUUCACCACCCCGGAAGGUUUCAAGAUCUACCAUGCACUGGUCUUCAACUUCAAGCUGACGAACAAUGAGACAGAAUAUGAAGCUCUAGCUGGAGGGCUCAGACUUGCCCAAGCCCUCAAAAUGAGCCGGGUCAGUAUCAAAUCUGACUCUAGUCUGAUUGUUGGGCAAGUGACCGGUAAUAUGGAGGCUAGGGAAGGACGAAUGGCACGAUACAAGGACCUGGUGCUCGCCCUGUUGAAAGGUUUCGAAGAAUUCAAGAUCGCCCAAAUCCCCCGGGCUGAAAAUGCGGAUGCAGACCUUCUCUCCAAACUGACGCAGUAUGCCCCCGAGCAUGUUUCAAAACUUGCCCGGGUGGAAAUCCUAAAUCGAGCCAGCAUUGAGAAAUUGGAGGUCGCCGCCAUAACGGCAUCAAGCCAAUCUGACCGGUCAAACCUGGUCGGGGCGGAUGACCAUUGGAUGUACGAUCUAAUGGAAUACUUGAUGGACGGGAGCUUGCCAGAACAAGAUGACCGGGCAAGAAAAGUGAAGCUCAAGGCACCUCGGUUCCAAGUCCUUGAUGGAAAGCUGUACAAAAGGGCGUUCGGGGGACCUCUCCUGAGGUGCCUAACCAACCGGGAGGCGGAGCGAGUCAUAGCCGAAGUCCACGAAGGCGUAUGCGCGGCGCAUCAAAUGUCCCCAAGGCUGCCCAUUGAAGCUGAAUUCCCAACGUUUCGGGAAUCAAAUUACCAACCCCAGCAGAAUGAGGAAGAUCACUUGGCCGAACUCAACUUGGUCGAAGAGCGGAGGAUGGCCGCGGAAGUUAAAAUGAACACGUAUCAACAAGUCGUGAAGAAAUACCAUGACAACAAGGUUGGACCACGUUACUUCCAAGUCGGUGAUGAAGUCCUGCGAAGGAGGGAAGCUAGUAGACCGGGUGAUGGAGGAAAGUUGGCCAAUGACUGGGAAGGACCUUACCGGGUAAGAGCUAUCAUUCGCCCGGGGACCUACCGGUUGGAAACCCUAGAAGUGGUUGGCAUUGCUGGGGAAUCAUUGGAGAUGCCGAAGGAACAUUUCCAAACCAGAACACGACAAGGGCGCAACCCCCCUCGCAAGAUGACAAGGCAGCUCAGGACCAGUCGCCUCCCACCUGUGGCAGCGUGAUCCCACGUGGAUGCACGUGGUCUUGCCCCCCUUUAGCCUAGUAUAAAUACGCAUGUAAACCUCAGAAGGAGGGAUCCAAAUUCAUUCUCUCUAAACUCCCUUGUAAAAGUGACCGCGCAUUCUCUAUGAUAAUAUAAAUUGGGCUACAGG